UUUUUCCUUUAAUUCUUGCAAUGUUCAUUGUUAAUGAGUUAUGUUCCAAAAAUAGUAAUGUCGCCCAAGCAUCACAGAAAGCUGCGCAGGAAACUGACGGGGCAUCAAUGCUUACUGCCCCCUGUCAUCAAGGGAAAAACGAACUGGAGCACACGACCGUCAAGUGUGUGUGUGAUCACCAGAAUGGAGCAUCUAACUUAACAAAAAUGACCCACAGGAAAGACUAGAAUUGUCUUGGGAUGAUGCCUGACGCAAAAAAAUGCUUUCUAGAGUUUCCACAAAAGUAAUUUAGACUCUCUGGAGGUGCAAUAGCUAACGUUAGCCAUGUUGUCUCGUUUUAGUGGAAUGGGCGUUGGGUACAACAUAACAUCGAUCUAGUCGAGCUAACCUAGCCUAGGUUCCGCCUUAUAACGCAAUGGUGGCUGGAAUAUCUCCCGCAUGUCAUGUUCAAGAAGCACCGGACCAGCCUCUUUCUGCUAAAGUUACACAAAGUUUGCAUGGCUGAGAUGGUGCCACAGAGAGUGUGGGGAAGCAUAUGCUAGAAGCAUGCAACAACAAUCUAGAAAUGGCAGUGACCAUGUUCCUGGACGGAGGGGGGAUCGCAGAGGAGCCCAGCACCAGCUCCAGUUCAGCAGGGGCCUCUAGCAGCAGAGCUCCCCCUGCAGAGUGAGUCAGUGGCCUGCUCCAUCACUGCAGAGUCCUGAUAUGGAGCCUGUGUUGAAACAAACCCAUACUUUGAGAGAUCGCCAAUACGGUCCCUGCUGUUUUUAAUUAAAAGCAUGUUAAUAAGAAAAAGAAAGGUCUGCUCUCCUGGAGUUGAAGUUUAAUAUUGUCUGUUUUUGUAGUGAUCAAGUGCGGGCGCCAAUCCCUCAGAAGCAGGACAUACUGGUAGAGCCAGAGCCUAUGUUUGGAGCACCAAAGCGACGAAGACCUGCCCGGUCCAUAUUUGACGGUUUUAGGGACUUCCAAACAGAAACAAUCCGCCAGGAGCAGGAGCUGAGGAACGGCAGUGUGGUGGACAAGAAGCUCAGCACCCUGGCGGACCUGUUCCGGCCCCCCGUUGAGCUCAUGCACAAAGGCAGCUUCGAGACGGCGAAGGACUGUGGUCAGCUGGAGAACAAGUGGCUGAUGAUCAACAUCCAGAAUGUGCAGGACUUUGCCUGCCAGUGUCUCAACAGAGACGUGUGGAGCAACGACGCGGUCCGGACCAUCAUCAGGGAGCACUUCAUAUUCUGGCAGGUGUACCAUGACAGUGAAGAGGGCCAGAGGUAUAUCCAGUUCUACAAGCUCAAUAAGUUUCCCUAUAUCUCCAUUUUGGACCCCCGCACAGGUCAGAAGAUGGUGGAGUGGAACCAGUUGGAUGUUGCGUCGUUUCUGGAACAGGUGACGGGCUUCUUGACGGAACACGGCCAGCUAGACGGCCCGGCGUCCAGCCACCCGCCCCCGGCCAAACGGGCCCGCUCCGAAAGUCUGAUAGACGCCAGUGAGGACAGCCAGUUGGAGGCAGCCAUCAAAGCCUCCCUCCAGGAGACCCACUAUGAGUCGUCCUCCGCCCCCGACCUCCCCGACUCCCCCCACUCUGUAGAGGUAGACUCGGAUGGAGACUCAGACGAGGAGCCCUUCUCCGACAGCGAGGGCCUCAUCUCUGUCGACGGCUCGGACAACGAGACAACAGAACCCCAGGAGGGCAGCUCCUGCUCCACGGGCGGAGACACCCCUCCUGGACCAGCCCCUCCCACAUCUGCAGCUGUAGCCCCCCAGCCCCCGCCACAGCCGGACAGCCCACCUGCCCGUCACAGGAAGUCCCCUCACAAAGAGAACAGCCACAGGAAAGAGGAGAGCAAAAAGAACCACCUGGAGCCUCUGGCGGCUGCGCCGGCCCGCUCCCAGGCCGACCCAGACUCAGAGCAUCGUUCUGGGGAGAACCAUCGCACCUCAACGGGCCAAAGCUCCAAAUCUGUUAAGACGGACACCUCCGACCUCGACUGCCUUGAUGACAAUGGUCCCAAGGCCAGACUGAUGCUGCGCUAUCCAGACGGACAGAGAGAGCAGAUCGCCCUGUCGUCCAAGGCCAAGCUUAUGGCUCUGGUUAGACAUGUCCAGUCGAAGGGCUACCCCAACGAACGCUUCGAGCUCGUCACCAACUUCCCCCGACGGAAGCUGGCCCACUUGGACUAUGACGUCACACUGCAGGAGGCGGGGCUUUGUCCACAGGAGACUGUAUUUGUGCAGGAAAGGAACUAAGCCAUGCAUUUUCUAUCUUCAGACCAUGCCCAUUUCACCAGUGACCCGGGAGGAUGUUACAGGCCGCUACUCCUGGGCUUUUUUUAUUUUGGAAUUAGACCAUGCCCCUAUUUGGGGACACCGAACUGUGGAUGAACUUCAUUACCCAUCAUUCCACUGGGAGGAAGUGACUGGCCUGUGUACUCUUUUUAGUAGGCAUUGUUGUUCAUCGUCAAUUACCGAAUGGAUUUUAGUUUUAUUCUGAGGUAAUAAACCAAUCGGAGUAGAACACCUUAAUGAUACUGUUAGAAAGAAGCUGAGGCCCCCAAAUAAUGAUCAGAGCUGGCAUCAGAGUUGGCUCAGGAAAACUUUACAGACUAUUAUCCCUAAAGGAUGUCAAAUGUCAGAUAUUUUUUUGAAGUUAAUACUUAUUUUUUGAUUCAUGAACACCUACAGCCAGGUAAAGGAGCGACAUGAACUCUGAUUGUUCCCAAAUUUGCUCUUCUACUUGCUGAUUGGGUGAGGGGACUUUGAAUACAGGAAUCGAUGGAGAGGGGUGUAGGGUCGUUCAAGGGAUUCUUUUUUUGGGGGGUGGGGUCCUCAACUGUCAACCUGCAGGAGUGGUGUAGCGAUUGACAUUUAGUCUUAGUCGGUGUGUGUGUAUAUAUAUAUAUAUCUUUUUUUUCUACCCCAUUUCCAAGAAAAGAUGCUGAAAUAUAAUCAUAAAAACAAAGGGAAACUUG